GCCCGAAUCAAAUUAGAUAACAUAUAUAUGUUAAAAGCUAUGCAUUAACAAGUUAUAACCUUUGUGGCGUUCUAGCAAAGAGAUGUUUCUUAUAGUCUAACCAGAAUAAAGGGCCUAAGAAGUAAGUUACUAACAACGAUUACCUCUGAAGAUCUGAACCAAAAUAUUUCGUAGUGACGCUAGAUGGACCGCCUUCAAUUUAAUGGAGAUGACCCAGGUGCUGUCCUCUUGGGAAAUUUCAUCAAUUAUUAUGAAUUUCAUCCCCCAGAAGAAAGGCUCAAACUACUCCCAAGUCACCUGUGGGAAACAAAAGGAAACGAGCCGUACACAUGUCUUGACAUAGGCUGCAACUCUGGGGAUUUGACAAGCAGAGUGUAUGAAUGCAUCACCAACUCAUUUGCGUCAGGGGAAGCCUCUCCCAGUGGGUCCAAAAAUACAUGUUCUAUGCUAGGCAUUGAUGUAGAUCCAGUCUUGAUUGAAAGAGCUCAAGAAAAAAAUAAGUAUGUUGGCCAGAUUACCUAUAAAUGUGUUGAUUUCAUGGAUGAUAACAAAAGUGAAGUGAUUCGAAGUCACUUGGCGAAUGAUGACGCACGUUUUGAUGUGAUAUUUUGCUUUUCGGUAACCAUGUGGAUUCAUUUGAACCACGGGGAUAAUGGUUUGAAUAAGUUUCUUAGAGAAAUUUCUGAAAUGAGCAAGAUGUUGGUUCUCGAACCUCAACCUUGGAAGUGUUACAAGUCUGCUGUGAAAAGAUUAAAAAGAUGUAACAAGUCUUUUCCUUACUUCCAAAAAUUAUCUAUCCGUGAAAAUGUUGAAGAGCACAUAGAACAAUAUUUGCUAGAGACGUGUAAUUUCCACAAGGUUUAUGAGUCACCAGACUCUAAAUGGGGUAGAAAACUAAUGUUCUUCAAGGGGCAUUGACGAAUUGGGAGGCAAGACACAUUGGUUUCCCAAAAUUAUAAUUAUAUGUUCAAAGGAUGUUAUAGGAGGAAUUAAUAAACCUUAAGACAGUUUGA